AUGAGGAAGCUGCUGACGCUCACGAUAGGACCACCCUUCCAUGCUGCUGGACAGCGACCUAAAGCAAAAUGCCCCGUUUGUGUCAAGGAGAAAGGCGAGAGCGAGCCUCAGGAUCUCUUCUCGAUCCGCGGCUUCAAUAAGGACGAGUACGAUUCUCAGAUCCCGCCUGCAUGGUUUACUGCGCCUCCCAUCCGGCUCGAUGGUAGCGGCAAAGAAAUGGAAGCACUGCGCUUUCAAUAUAUCGCGCUUAUACGGUACUGCCAGAACGCACAUGCUACCCGCAAGCCCCUCCAGCAGGCCUAUACAGAAACGGAGCAGAAACUGGCUAAUGCGCAGGAACUCUUUUCGAAGGAGCGCGAAAAAGUCCUCAGUCUCCAACAGGAGAACGAGCGACUACGGUUGCAGAAGGAUCAGUUCGGAGCCAUGAAAGCUGAAGUCCGACGACUACAAGGCCUUGACCAAGAAAUCGCGCAUCUCCGUGAUGUUAAUCCAAAAGACCUCGAGACCUUUCUGGCCAACAAGUCAGCAAUCCGCCACUACUUGAAGCUUGUUCCUAUGCUAGUCGAUCAAAACGGAAGGAUGCAGGAGCGUCUUCGCCAACUCGGCUUUGCAAUGGCACUAGAACCUAUACCCAACUUUGAAGGAAUCGAUCCUCACGCAUUUGAUAGCGACGAGGCUCUGCCUCAAGACAUCGGGCACCCCGGUGCCAAGCUGCGAACGACAGCGUCAAGCCAUACUGUGGGCAGGUCGGCGCAUACAACAGGAAGAAUGGGAACAGCAUCUUCAGGCUCAUUUAUCCAGCGGCCUAUGAAGCGACAACGCCUCGAUUCGCCCCUUCCCAACAACACGCAAGUCGAUCCUCCUUUAAGUCGUGAUGCCAUGCCACCUCCACCAAAGCCGAUGUCUAGGAUGCAGUCCAUGCGCAAAAUGCUUCCAGGUUUCCGAAAAAAGUCUUCGAUUGAUCGCUCGAAUGACAUCCCGGGCGAUGUUUUCGAAGACAAUAACGACGUUCAGAUGUACGACAACGGAUAUUGGCGAGACACUGGAGCUGAUCGACGCCCUGGACACGACGAUUUCCGCAGCGAGACGCCCUAUAUGUCAGGAGCACUUCCUGUAGAACAGUCAUUGCAUGUCUCUGAUCCCCGAGAGUCACAACUCCUUCCUAGUAUGGGCUUCUAUGACAACCGAUCAGACUUUACGUUCCAGGCCUCUUCUCCGGUCAAAUUGGACAAGCAAGGCAAUAGUGAUCGUCCUGUCCAUUUACCUACCGAGCGUUCAUACAUUCGACUGAUGGAUGGGUUGUCAAGCGACAGUGGAGUAGAGUUAGGCUUGAAGGAUCCUCGCAAGCAACCGAACACAAUUGACCGUGCGAAUGGCGAGAACAGGCAAGUGUUGCAUGGUUUUCCGAACGAGGACAAUCCACAAGGUGUUGAUUACGAAAAGCGUUGGAAUCUUGGACAUCCGUUCAUGCACCAAUCGCCAUUCAGAUCUUCCACCUCUACCGAUGUUCACGGUUAUCUUCCUAGCCAUCACCAGACUAACGGAUUUACGAACAGAGUGCACAACGUCUCGGAUAUUAGUCCCGCCACACCGGCACCUAGAUGGCAACAACAUCGUGGUCACAAAAUCGAGAGUGUAGUAAGUCCCUAUUUCCGAAACGGUCUUGACCAGGCCCAAAUUAUCUCGUCACCCAGCCGCGCUGAACCUCAGGAUAGUUCAAAUCGUUCCGGCGGCUAUCAGUCACAAAAGCCAAGGACGAACCAUCACAAGAUCGGCUGGGUUGAGCCUCGCAGUCUCAACGCACUCUCAUUCUUCGAUUCACCGGUUGAUUCUAGAAAUGAGCCUAUCGAAGUGGACCACCGGCGCAAGUUGGUAGGAUCAGUACCGACGCCUUUAGCACAGCAGUAUCAGAGAUGCCGUCUUGAUUCGCGCGGCUCCAUUACGCUUCAGGAAUCCAACGACACCGCCUAUGACUUUUCUAAUGAUCGGACAUUUUACAAUAUACAAGCGCCUAUACAUACGCAAGCUGCGAUCAAUGUAGCGUCUGCGAAUCGUCUCUCACAUUCCCGCAUCGGUAAAGUGCCCUCUGCUAUGCCUUCGAUCAUUGCAAGCCGCCCAUUCGCUCGUACGCAACCUCAAUGGGAGAACCUGCAACGAGCAGGUGUGAGGAGUAGCCGCAACGCUUCGAACAGUGCUGCUAGAGGUAAUCAUGCGGUGCCAUCGAGGGAUGUCUUCCCUAGCGCUAGUCGGCGUAGCGUUAGACGUUGA